AUAUAACUAACACUGCCCCAGGGUGUAGUUACCUGCGCUCUUCUGCUCUACGCAGGAAUGAUUGUGCUCUCAGUCCAAAGCAGAAGCAGGUCUGAGCGUACGAGUUCAUGAGAUGCAGUGUUACUUCAUUUUGCCUCAAAUUAUGAACUGAUGGCUACAAUGAUCAGCUAUUUGGUGCUUGUGGGAAUUAUCUGUCUGUGUAGCACAGAGCCUCUCAGACGGCAUAAAAGAUCAUGGAUUAUAGACUCCUUUGACAUUGUGGAGGAACACCCGGGGCCUUUCCCUUAUGAAUUGGGGCAGAUUAAACUGGACCGUAGCUAUUUAGUGGAGUUCAAGCUUAAAGGCAAAGGUGUGGAUGAAGAACCAAUGGGUGUCCUAUCUAUUGAUUCGAAAACAGGAGUCAUUAAAGUCCACCGUAAAGUCGACUUUGAGCAGUACAGUGUUCUGAUGCUAACCUUUCAAGCUAGAAAUGAGUCCAACUCGGCCAUAGACACACAACUAGGCAUGGAGGUCAACAUACUGGACAUCAAUGACAACCCGCCAAUAUUCCAGAGGAAAGUUUAUGAUGUCACUAUAAAUGAAGCUGUAAAACAAGGUAGUUUUGUUGUAGGUGUAUUAGCAAUUGAUAAGGACGCAUCGGGAAGUCUGAAUUCCACCAUUGAUUACAAAAUCAUUUCCGUCACUCCAGCCACUAAAAAUACGGAGUUCUAUAUCCGAGACAGUGGUGCAAUAUCGUUUAAAGGAUGCUUUGAUUAUGAGGUGGCUAAUAAAUACACUAUAACAGUUGAAGCAAAGGACCGUGGAGAAGUUGUAAAGUUGUCAAGCACAGCGACCAUAAUUCUCAAUCUUCUGGAUGGCAACAACCAUAUACCAGUUAUCACAGGGCAAACGGGUUCAGGGAAUGUAAUGGAGGGGAGAAAAGGUACCUCCCCUCUCAAAAUACACACAACUGAUACUGACACGCGUCUCACUGCUGCAUGGAGGGUCAGAUACUCCAUACAAGGGGACAAAGGUGGUUACUUCUCCAUUCACACUGAUCCAGACACCAAUGAUGGAAUCCUCUCGGUGAUUAAGCCCCUAGACUUUGAAGAACAAACAGAACAUAAACUCACCAUCUCUGUAGAGAAUGAAGAGCCUUAUUUCUCUUGUGAGGUGAAGGCUAAACCUAUAGAUGGCCUCUGGACUGUCAUCACAAAUCCAUCAAAACCAUCCUCUGUUAAUAUUACCAUAACAGUGGAAGAUGCAAACGACCCUCCGUACUUCCCACAUCCAAAAAGGAAAAUAGUUAUGGAAGAAAAUGGUGUUAUUGGAGCUUUUGUGGACAGAGUGACAGCAGUCGAUCCUGACACUGGACGUCCUCACAAACUAGAGUAUUCUAUUGAACAAGAUCCUGCAGGUUGGUUCAGAGUAGACAAAACAACCGGGGAAAUCUUUGUAAAAGAGACAUUGGACAGAGAGUCAAGUCAUGUGACCAACGGGACUUAUACAGUCACUGUUCUUGUGACAGAGACGGAUGACCAUCCUCCAAUGACAAGCACAGCUACAAUUCAGAUCUACAUCGAAGACAAGAACGAUAACAUCCCCUUGUUAAAGGAGAACAUGGUUUCUGUCUGUCAGUCUGAUGAAGUGUCAAGUACAGAGAUCACAGCCUAUGACAUUGAUGGAGAUCCGUACAGCGGACCAUUCAGUUUUGAAGUAAUAGGAGAUCAUAAGGGUGAAUGGAGCUUUGACCCCAGCAAUGGUAUCACAGUGCAUUUGGUGAAGGAUAAAAGCGUUCAUGCCAGUCUGUACAUACUGAUUGUGAAAAUCUCUGAUAAGCAGGGCAAGUUUGUCCUCCAGAAUCUCUCUGUUGCUGCAUGUGAUUGUGCUGUCUCACCAAACUGUCUGCUGCAGCGCAACACACAGCAAAAAGUAGGAAGUGGUAUGAUGGGAAUUACCAUCUUUGCUGCGCUGAUGAUUUUGGCAUGCCUAUUGCUGUCCCUCACUUGCUCUUGUGGGACUGUGAAGUCCCUAGUCGAGGUAGACAAUGUCUUAGAAGAUGCCCUACUGCCUUCUAACAUUGAGAAACCUGGCACUGAUUGUAUGGUCCCGACUAUUCUACUGAAGAAAACAUCUGUUAGUCAGUCAAAGGAAGCAACUCUUGUCAAUAAUGGGGUUCAAAAGACAUCAGACAUUCAGCGGAUAUCUAGCAACGUUAUAGCCACUAAAAGUCUCCCAGUUCGAGUGGAUGAGAGUUGGUCUAGAGACAGAUCACAGUAUUCUAUUGAGAAACAGAUGUGGAAACAAAUACAGAGUGAAAACCGCUACCAGGGUUCAACAUUUAUCAGGAGGGGCUCACAUAGAAGACAGAGUGCCUAUUUCAUCAGCCGAUCGACUCUUCAAAGCUUGCUUUCUCAGAGGCUGCAUUCAAUACAGUCCCUUGAAAAUGAGUUGCUUGAUUACGAGCCUCAGUUUUACGCCUUUGAGGACAACUCUGAGAACUUUGCAGACCUUGACCCCAUAGACCUGCCCAGUAAUGAGUUUGAUCCUGAGCUGUUCUCUGAUCUUGGACCAGCAUUUAAACAUCUGGCUUCUAUCUGUAACCCAGGGAUGAGGUCAAAAACAGAAGUGAUGAAGAAUGGGACUAGAUAGUCUAGAGAUCAGGGGCUGGAUUCACAAAACAUUCUUUAAGAAUACAAUUAUUUGUAAUUGCUAUUUUCUUGUUAUUUUCUUUUCUUAAGUAAAAAAAGUUAAGAAUAUUUUGAAUUCCCAAUCUUUCUUCUUGAGAAUCUUA